UUAAAAUUCUAUUUUUACACUGAAAUAUAUUGAAAUUCCCCUUCAACCGUUCACACAUGACAUAAAUUUACAUUAAACAUCGAACGAUAGUCACCGCCGUCACCAUCAUAGGAGAAGAAACGAACGUCCUUUAUGUGCGUUUAUGCGUUCCCGCCCGUCUUGCUCACAGCUGACAACUUCUCGGUUGCCACCAUGGCCUGGAAAUACUGCGCGUUAAAUUUAAGAAAAAAUUAACAGAAAUAACAUAUACUCUGUGCUUGCUUCCAUGUUAGCUUAUUGCAGUUGAGUUUCUUUUCUUUUUUGAGUUCCUUCGCUAUUAGGCAGCCAGAUAUUGUUUCAAUGAUAACGAUAUGAAUUAUGUUCGAUUAUGUUGGCAAUGGUUCGGCUAAACUCGUGGAGUGUGGAGCCCGUGAAACUGUACGUAGACUCUUCAUCGCUAUUCAGCGUCAGUUCGUUGAAUCAACGGAGGAAUAGAGUUUUUCGUGUGAUGGAUCCAAGCUCCAAGACUGGCACUACUCGUACUAAACAGCAUGGGGCACUGUAACAGGCUUAAUAGUAUCUGCUGCCAGAACCCAAUAUACCACGUCAUUUUAUGUUGACAUAAGGUAUGCAAUGACGGAGGCGAAAAUCGGAAUAGUGGAACCAGUCGAGGUGGUCGUUGCUAGGCAAUGGAACAAUAUACACGUAUCCGCAGCAUCAUGUACUGACGCAACAAUAAGGGACGCAGUUUUUUCUGUGCGACUGUUUAUGGCAAAGAUACUGUAGACACGUUUCCACAGCACCGACUCAGCACGCAACAAUACAGGAGUGGUUGGAAGAAGUGUUUCCUGUGUGUCCGUGCCGAGGCUAUAUACUAAGACCUAGCGACCAGCUGCAAGUGAUAGGUGGCAGUUGAUGGUUGGCCUUGAGGCAUUUCCAUUAUUAGCAGCCAAGAACUGUAGUACAGAGAAUUUUAGAAAUAUUUCCUGUUGAAGAAGAAACCAUGAACCGUACAGAUUUAGAGAAAGUACAAGGUCUGUGUACUGAGAUGUGCCCAGCAUCUUCUCAAGGUGCAUAUCAAGCUGUCAAUAUAAAAGCUGAGGUACUGUCAGAUGUAGAAGAGGAAGAUCCUCUCGCAAUACCAUUUCCAGAAAUAAAGACUGAACCUGAGGUUUGCUGUGUGAGCAGGACGUCCAGCAUGCCAUCAUUUGAUGAAGUGUUUGGAGGCAGUCCGUUGUUUCUCAGCGAGGAAUUCUCAGAAGGUGAUGCUCUGACAAACUGUGCUGAAUGUGUGGACAGUCAGUCAUCUCAAAUGCAAGAGAAGGAGGAGGACUCUAGGCCAUCACAGAAAAGGAAUCAGUGUGACUUGGCAGAUGCAAUUGGUGAUUCAGUCAACACUGUACCAUCUGCUUGUGCAACGAAGAAGCGUAAGGACAAGGGGAUAACACUAAAGGACAAGCAUCUAGAUCUGCAGUGUGAGUGGCAGGGCUGUGAUUACCACACCUGCAAUCUUGACCACUUUUUGUGCCAUGUCAGCUUCCACAUACCACAGCCUGAGGCUCAAGUGAAUGAGGAUAAGAAAGGUGGACAUGCUUGUUUGUGGGGCCCAUGUGAUUUUGAAUCUGUAGACUACAGUGAGCUAACGAGACAUGUCAAUUAUCAUUCUUAUCACACCAAAUUAAAGUGCUUUUGAAUCAUUUAAGGUUACCAGUAAGUAAUGGACAUUCAGCGUGUACAUGUUUUAUACAUUUAUUAGAAUCUCUUUGUGAUAAGUCUUAAUAUUUGCUGAGCCUCAUAAAAACACUAAUACUGCACAGAGCCUGUGUAGAGAGAAUAACUGUUUAUUUAUUUGUAACAUACACUUAUUUGCCAUCAUGUCCUCUGCAUACUUGAGGAAGGCUUUUCCUUUUCCCUCAUGACAGUUGUACAUUUAGAACAGGCUAAGAAAUUGAAGGUUUGGCUUUGAUCAGUACACAGAAAAAUUCACAGACAUAUAUGACUGGAGAACCAAACUCUAGACACUUUGAAUUAUCCUGGGUUCACCAGAUCACCACUUAGAACAUGUCAAAUAAUUCUUGAGGAGACAUUAACUGGUUUCUUUCAGCUAUAUCCUUGAGCUGAUAUAAAUGUAAAGCAAAACAUACCAGUACUGAAAUUUAUCUCGUGGUACACGUUUGCACAUUCCAUGAUGCUUGGAAGAACAUGGUACCAGACUUGCCACAUGCAUUUGAAUGCUGCUGGCACAUCUGUGAGAAAACAUUCAACUGCUUACAGACAUACUUCAUCCAUGUUAAGACACAUGUCUGUUGCAACCCACAUGGUAGAAAAAUGGAAGGAAGUGUUCCUUGCCACUGGCGUGGUGAGUUAUAACUUCCUUAUAAUGAAUUUUCACCAGAAAACUUAUAUCAGUUUGACACCACUUUUCUGCACACAUGGCUGUUGCUCUAGCCAGAAAGAUUGUAGUCAUAUGUUUUUACAUGUUGCAGCAGAUUUGAAAGCUUGUCAGACAUUUACAUCUUCACAGUUGUAAAUGUCUGAAGGCUGUAAAUAAAUUGGUCAUGUUAGAUAUUACAGAGGACAUUAUCUGAAUAUGUUAAAAUCCAAAAAGUAAGACACUGCUUCACCCAUCUCAGCAUUGUGAAAACUAUGAGAGCAGGUGUAAACAGAUGAGAGUGGUGGAACAACUUAAAAAUAUAUGAACAUGUAUGUAUGAUUUGAGGUUCACACAGCAGUGGUUAUGAAGAGUACUAUUUUCUGGGAUAUAACCUCAUAUAGUCCUUUGAAUGUCAACCGAUGUUUUGGAGGAACAUAUCACCCCCCUCUACAGGGUUGAAUAAACUGAGCAAGAUACCAGCAUGAAAGCAGAUGGUAAGCAGGAUGCUCUGUUCUGUGCUACUCUGCUUACCACCUGCUUUCAUGCUUGUAUUUUGUUUGGCUUAUUCGACCCUGGAGAUGAAUGCAGUUUGUUUCUCCAAAACGUUGAUUGACUUUCUAGAAGACAGUAACCUUCACAAGAUUAUGUACUUUGCCUCUUCAGCAUGCACCAAAAGGUAAUAUAUACCAUAAAAUAUGUGUUAUAAUUAUACUUACUACAGCAGCACAAACAUGCGGAGUAAUUAAAUGAAGUUAGAAUAAUCUUAUCUAAGACAAACUAACCUAAUUGAAUUCUGAUAUGUUGGUAAAGUAUGUUCAACAUUCGGUUUAAGUUUUGUGUCAGUAAUUUAAUGACAUAACAGAUUUUGGCAAUAAAAGAGGCACAAGUUACUGAUCAUCAUAUUGUAAAUGUGUUGUCAUGUUACCUAUGUAACGUUGCGUGUUCGCCUGGUAACCUACUUCUGAGGAACCAGUGGUUACGUGUGUAAGUCCAGUUCAAUCCCACUUUUGACACCAGUGUAACAUGGUGACGACAAUAUACACACUCCCUCAGAGACAACAAGCCUCUUUGCAGAUAGACUACUGAAAAUAUUUUGGCAUAUAACAAUAAAGUUACUGUCAGAGACGGUGUUAUGCUACCUGUUGCUAGGUAGAUACAACAGUUGGACUACACCAGUGGAAACGGGGAUGUUUUCUAUGUGGUCCAUGCUGAGGAGUUAUCUUAAAGACAAGUGGGGCGACCCAGUUAGUUCAGUGAGUUGAGAGUUGAGUUCUGCAUAAGAGGCUGUAAAGAUAUAACCUGAGUGCUUGAAACUGAAGAAUCCUUACGGUUAGAAGCUGUUGCCAGGGAACGGUCAUUGAAGACACAGCAGGAUGAAGAAAGCUUAACAGGUGCUGUGGUGUUUGUAAAGUGCGGAGAUUCACGAUAGCACUGUAAUUACUUGUAGUUCCAAGUGAUGUGUAUAAGUGAACAAUAAAUUCAUUCACCAAUCCAUAGCCCAUCUAUUGUCACACACAUAACUUGUGAAAGUAUGAAUGCCUUUUACAAGUUAUAUUGGUUUAAGUUCUUUAAUGGCAAUUACAAGGUAUACAAUUCCCAGGUGUAGUGGGAAACCAGAGGUCACUUAGAACCUAAAUCUUCACUAUUACUUUAAUUUGAUGGCAUCCUCUUACUAUGUUAGCAGUAUGCUGUUAUGUAAUUAAUCUCUCCAUGAAAUUCAAUUUCUACAUCUGUGAAUUCAGUAUCUAGUGAUCUUUGUGGACAAAGACGUGAUGCAGUGGUGAUGUUAAGUUGUUUUAGCCCUUUCACUGGUGACUUAAAAUUCGUUUUCAGCAUACAUUGUUACUGCAUCCAGGAAGUCAUGACAGACGUUUCCAUAACAUACUGCCAUCUUCUGAAAAGCACAAGAAAUACAUGCAAGAGCUGUCACACAGCCAAGAUAAACAUUGGUAUAUAACAAGCACUGUACAGCACUAAGCUUGAAAGUCCUCUGUUGACAUAUCGUGCUGGCACACAGAAUGAGAAAGUGCUGGAAGUAUUAGUGUAGGGAUUAAAAUGUCUGCGUGAGGGUCAGGGAAUACAUUAAAAUGUAAAGUAGCCCUCUUGUAUAGACAGAUAUGCAUCUAACUGCCUGGAUGUGAAUGUGUUUAAUUAAAAUAACAUUUUGUUUGGCAUUGAGAAAGAGUACAACAUCCUUCAUUGUGACUGGUAAAGCAAGUGUUUUUAAUAUACACAUUUUUGACUUUCAUUUAUCUCAGUGGAAUUUAUUGUGUUCUUAUUCUCUCCCCCAAAGUAAAUGCAGGGAUAGUACCUUGAUCUAGACAAUGAUUGCUUCCUUCAUUUCUAGCAAAUUUAUAACAAAAUUCUGGAGAAUUAUUCAUAUAAAUUAAUAUCACAUUUACCCAUGAAAAAUAUAA